AUGCGCGUGUACACCAACCUUGGACGCAUCGACAAGGUGCGUGAGGUACUUGCCGUGGGCCUGCGCGACCUUGCCGCCCCAAAGGAGCUCACGUUGGCAUCACCUGUGCAAUAUGCGUGGCUGGGCAGCAACGCAAGGCGGCGGGACGGCGGCAACACCACGGCUGCCACCGGUACCCCGCUGAAGUUGCAAGACGACCUCCUCGCCCCAGCUGCUGCGGCAAGGGGAGGCAAGCCAUGCGAAACCAGCCCCGUCAUGUGGUGGCGCCGUCCCACCAUGCUCAACGCUGAGGUCUUCAACGCGUACUUCGAGGCACUCACGCGGCGAAACAAGUACGCCGUGGAGGAGGUCGUCUUUGUGCUCGACCAGAUGAAGGCGUGUGGUGUGGAGAAGGAUGCGUUGACGUACCACUACUUGGUGGAGCUGCACGUGCGAGCGGGCUACGACCCGACCGGGUUGUGGGAGGAGAUGAAGCAGCGGGAGCCGGAAGUGACCCCGCUGCCUGCCACGGUGCAGACGUUCAUGCUGCGCGUUGUGCCGUACAGCGCAGACCCGUCCCUCGUGGUGGAAAUAACACGCGCCGCCCUCCGGUACGGCACCGCCAUCGUGGACAAGCGCAUGCUGGCUGAGCUGAUGGUGCAGUGGCUGAGCCCGGUGCGUACCCCGAACCACGGUGAGAGCAGCGGAGGCAGCGGCAGCCAGCACACCGUGGCGCAGGCAUCUCGCCUUGGACUCAGCACCGCCUCACCGUCCUCCGCGGCGCAGUACCCGCCCGAGUACGUGUUUUGGCUCAUGCUGGAGCUGGAGCUGCGCUGUGUCUUGGAGAAGGCGAGCUUUAGCCAGUACGUUCAGCGCCAUUACUUCACGGAGUUGCUGCUACGCUGUGCCAAGUGCACCGACGCGGGUACCGCGGAGCAGGUGCUUGCGCUGAUGGACCGGCACGCCAUCGCCAAGACGGCAGAGGUGCUGGCGCUGGUUGUGUGGUGCUGGUCGCAGGCACUGGAGAUUGAGAAGGCGCUCGAUCUUAUCGAGUGGAUGGCGCUCAAGGGCUACCUCGACCAGGUAGACUGCUUCCGCAAGGCGCAGAUCGAAUCGCUGCGCUACACAAUGGACCGCCACUACCUCAUGAUCUUCGCCGAUGCCAUCAACACGACGACGCUGGUGGAGCGUGCGCUGUCACAUCUCCAGGCGCGCCGGCAGAAGGGCGCGCUGGUGACGGUGCACACGCUCGACUUGCUAGUGCUGGCGCUGGCUCGCAUCGGUGAGGAGCGCAAGGCGCUGCAGCUUGUCUCCGCCUACGAGCCUAGGUGGGGCGUGGCGCCACGCACGAACACAUACAACGCCCUCCUCACCGGCUGCUCGCGCCACCGCAGCACGAUGCUGCACCGCGUGGUGUACAAGACGAUGAAGAACAGCGGUGUUGUGCCAAACGUGCUGACGUUUCGCGUGCUCAUCCGCCAGGCCGUGAUGGCCGGCAACAUCGACGAGGCCAUCUACUACCUGGAAGAGGUGACUGCCCACCCCGGGCUGCGGGUCGAGGUGGAGAUGAUCCUGCCAAUUUUGGAGAGGGCCGCCCGCGUCGGCGACGUGGAGACGGCCACCCGCGUCAGUCAGUACUCUCUCAAGUGCGACAUCGGCAUCGACAGCAGCGUGCUGCGCAGCGUCAUGCAGCAACUGACGGAGGCGGGGCAAAGUGUGGAGGUGCUGAAGGGCCAACUGCCGCUGCACGAAGCGCUGCGGUCGCGCUCCAAGGCAGGCCGCCAGCGCGCCCGCAACGAAGUGCUCGUGUAG